AUUUCUCUCUCUCUCCCCUUUUAAAACCAAACCCCCCCUCUCUGCCUUUUACCAAAUCCACACCAUUAUCAUAGAAGAAGGAAGAAAGAGAUCAACUUUCUCUCCUUCCGACACAAAAACCCUCGAUUCCUUGUCCAAAAUCCCACAUCGAAUCCCACAAUGCUCCAACUUAUCUGUUCCUCAACAACUGUCGGAGCUCUGUUCGUGUAAAAAAAAAGAAUUAACAUCCACCAUUGUUGUAUUUGCUUUCUCUCAAUUUGUUUUUUUUUUGAUAUGGAACUGGGUAAAUCUCGACUGUACAUGAGUAAUUGCUUUUCUCCAUCUAGAUUCUCCGAUUACUCUGUAGCUGGAAGUGACUAUCCAGACGCCACCAUAGGAGCCAUCAAUUUCAAUUCUAUUCCCAAACCUUCUUCUUCUUAUAUUUCUCUUCCAUGCUUCUUAUGAUCUUCAAUCUCAAUCUUCAAAAUCUUCUUUUUUUAUAUCAUAAUAAAGAAUAAAAAAAAAAAGAAUGUUGUGUGUGUUGUCGUCGUCAUCUUCGUUUGGUCAUGCAUCAGCUGCUGCUAUGACUAUGGCUGCUUCUUCACCACCACUUUCCAGAUUUGCCGGUCAUCCUAUUACUCUCAGGUAUGAUCAUGAUCCACGUCGUCCUUGUUCUAUUGGGUUUCAAAAGAGGAACCCUUCUCCUCCCCGUAGAACUGCCUCAGCUUCUGCUUACCCUCUCUUUCUCAAUCAGCUUAAGAAACACUCACGAAGACCCAAAACUUACAAAGAGGUCACUAAGCCUUUCCGCCAGAUCUUUGCUCGAGAGAUCUCUGCACAAUCGAAAGACUCUGAUAUUUCGAUUGCUAAGGUUCUCUUGACCAUUGCUGCUGAAGAUGAAGCCUUCUUGGCUUUUAACCGGGAGAUGGAUGCUAUGUCUUUCCUCAGAGAGAAGGAAAAUGUUGUCCAAGACCAAUCUGAUUCUGAGCAGGAGCUGGAAAGUGUCCAAGAUCAAUCUUAUCCGAGUAAGACAGACUCUGAGGAGGAGGAGCUAUUGCAGCUAGAUGGAAAGAGUAUAUCCCAAUGGCUGAGCGAACUAGAUGCAAUCUCCAAAGAAGUAGAGGCAGAACUAGUCUCACGAGACAUCGGCUGCCACUCGGUUCAACUUCUCGAAGCUGUAAAUACAGUUCUCUUCGACACCAGAGGCUUCCAGAGGACAUCAAAAAGCUUGACUUUAGACCCCAAGUUCUCCUACCUUCACUCUGUACUUGACUCUAGAUGCGGCACUGCAUUCUUGUUUAGCGUAAUAUACAUUGAAGUCUGUCAGCGUCUCGGUUUGCCUAUUGUGGGAGCUCGAGUUGGGGAAGAGUUUUUGAUUUGGCCUAAGACGGAGAAUCCUGAAGAACUCUUCAAAGUGACUUCAGGACAGAGCUUGUUUGCUAUUAUCAAUGGAAGGUGCGUCGAUGAUCCUGGUUCAAUGGCAUCAGAUUUAACCGGAAAGUCACUUCUGGACCUUGAUGUUGCUACAAACAGAGACAUUAUAGGGAUUGCUCUCGCCAACUUGAUUAGGGUUCACUGGAGACGUGCUUCGAAGCCAUCACCUGGACUAAUGCUGACUUCUCCUCUUAGUCAACUUAACAACAGUGUUUCUAAUUUUCCAUUGUUGCGACCUCAAGAUCUUAGGUUGGCUAUUGCGGCUGCUGAAAGGCUGUUGAUAUUGGAACCUCUUAACUGGCGACUUCGAAGAGACCUUGGUAUGAUGCACUACUACGCCAGGCAAAGUAGAGAGGCGAUUCAAGAGCUUAGCAUAUGUAUAGCCUUUGCAUUUGAUGAAGAAGAAGCAAAAGUGUUGACGCUUUUUGUUGAGAAACUUCAUCUACUGUCUUCGUUGAAGUCGUCGCUCUUUGGCUCUGAUCGCUUGGCCGUUCGUUGAAAAAACUCUCUCUGUUUCUCUACUUCACUUGUAAAUACUCUUUUCUAUCUCUCUGUUGUGUUUGGAUAAACCCUUUUGUGGGAUACAUGUAACUUUUGUUGUGUGUAACUCUUUUACUUUCUAAUGGUCAGAGUAAUAAUUGAUAUCCCCCAUGGGACAAAACA